AGGCUGCAAUACUUACAUUCAUGGCUUCCAUUGGCAAACGAAUUUUGCUUGCAUAAGGAGGAAAGUGACUACUCUCUAUGAAAUGGAAAGAACACGCGCGCAGGCGUCUCUCCCCGAACGCUCUCCUUCUCUCCCUCCCAUUCCUCCCUGUCUCUCCCUCCAAAUCCCAUCCCUUCUCCACCCAAAUACGCCCUUUUUCUCUCCUCUCUCCCCCUUCCUCCCGCUGCAGCGGCAGUUGUCGUCGCCGUCGGCUUUCGUCCCAUUCGCCGGCCGGCGUUAAGCCCCAGCUACGUGUCUCCCCAUCUCACCCGAUUGUUCUUCUUCUCAACCUGCUAUCCUUCUUUUCUCCUCCACCUCUUCUCGAAAGCCCCUUCCGGAGCUGCCUGAAUCGUCGCCGGAGGUUGAGUCCCCCUCGCUGUUCCUCCCAUCCGCCGUUCGUUUCCACAAUCUAAUACCGGCCCCCCUGUAAGUAGCGACCAAACAUGGGGCAUUUCUGCAGCGUCUCGUGACAGCCAAGGUUGCAGCCCCUUCCUGCAGCCUUUGGAGGCUAUUUUCCUCUGCUCGGAUCGGUCUUCUCGAUUCUCCGGCGGACGUUCCACCAGGCUAAAAUGUGAUGCUGAAAGAGAAACUUAUGUAUGAGUUGCGGAUUUUGAGAGAUGCUAAGUCACAGGUACCACUAAUUCUUUAUGGCCGGGGCUUAAGUGGUCAAGCUCAAAACCGACUUUUUAGUGGACUUGGCACCAAAAAGACAAAGUGCAACGUGACAGGUACACCCGGCCGGAUGCUUGCAUUUAUUCCAAGGGCCCAACUCAGUCAGACGUGCAUUUGUCCGGCGGUGCCGGCGUCUAGCCCACACACGAUGCCUACUUCCUUGAAAAAGCCACCGCCAUCGCCGACCCAUUCGCCGGCCGGUCCCCCGUUUGGUUGGAUGGCUCCAAAAUCAUGUUGAGAACUUGAACAUUUAAAAGGGACAAAGAACGCUUGAAGGGCAAGAUCCGACGGUGGAAACCGAGAAAAAUCCGGUCAAUUAUCCCGCGGCCUUUGCGUUGAUGCCGCGUAAUUCAACUCAAAUUUUUUAUCCACAAAAAUAAAUAAAAAAAAUUACCAGGUCAAAAGUGAAACUCCCGGAAAGGUACAUGGUGCCACAUGCCCUGCAGAGAGUUUAGAAAAAUUAAUUCAGAAAGAAAAGAAACUAACCCCCUUUGCUUAGUAUUCAAUUCACACGAAAGACUAAUGCACCCAAAAACAAAAAGAUAUUACUUUUUCUAUUCGAAAUCCUUCCUAAAUACAAUGUCAAAAAUCCCCAAGUUUCCCAAUGGGACGAAUGAUGAUGAAAGUGCUACCAAAUCUGAUCAUCCGUGUAGGAAUCAAGUUGUGGUGUCCUGUCAUUGCAUCACAUGCAGACAGGAGUAAUCAUCCCUACAAAGCAAAUGUUCACCUGCUUCAAUCAAUCUUAGUUUUAGUCUCUUGUCAUAUUCUUUUUUUGCAGGUGGGGAGUCAUUAUUCAUCUUGUUUUCGCGUGUUUCAUGGGGUAGUGCUGAUAGGAAGCCAUAUUGGUAUCUCCCAAUCUUAUAUAUGCGAAAAAGAAAACUACUGAGGAUUCUCAAUCCUCUCCUCCAAGGUUGAAACAAUGGCGGAAGGUUUUACAGCCAAAUUAUUUCUGAUAAGGGAUGUGCUUCGAGCAGAGGUUUGUGCGAUAUUGAAUCUCUUAGCUUCAUCAUGGUUUCUGCUCUGUACCACCUACUUUGGUCUAAUCAGCUUCUUCAAGGGCUAUUGUUUCAAGAGGAUUGAUCAAGAUGGAGGAUGCUUAGAAAAGGUUGUCCCUUGUGAAGAAAUAUGUGACAAGAAAGGAAGAGAUAAAAAGAAAGCAGGAGAUUCGCUUGAUGAAAGAGCUGGAGAUAAUAAGAAUGCAGGCCACGAGGAUUUCCAGGAAGACGCCGCAUUACUGCCGGUUGAGGGCUUCCGGCAUGCGGCCGUGGAGCCGGAGGUGAUUGACUUCAGUUUUGACGACCAGACAGACUCAGAUAACGAUUCUCGACUGAACGCCGAAAUGAAGGCUUUCGGAGGGAAGGGUGGCAUCGAUGAAGCUUUUAGCAGCAACAAGGAGAAAUGGCAGAGCUCUUUCAGUGGUAGGUUUCUGAAAGUCAGACCCUUUGGAAGCCCCACGGCGUACUUGGACAUUAACGCGGGAGGAAAUUGGGAUUCACCGACAGACUUUUCCUCUUCUGUGGGCUCAAACUGUGACAUGUUUAGUGACAGGGAUACAUCAGAUAGCAGCUUCGAGGAAGAUGACUUCUUAACUGAGAAAGAUUUCAUCUGUGUUAAGCCUAGACCAAUUUCUGAUUAUUUGUCACUUGCCCAAGAUCUUCGUGAAGAAUCCAAGUCGUCGGACUUAGAAAAUUCUGAUGACAAAGAGCUCGAGUUUAGCUAUGAGUUCCUGGGGGAGAAGGAUGAGGCCUACGAAAGACUUGAGUUAUUGUCUGUUCAUGCUCCUUCCGUGCCUUCAUCAACGACUCAAUCAGAAGAAGAAGAUGGUGAUGAUGAAAUAUCCAUUGGCAGUAUGAUUCUAGAUACAUCUGAUUUAGAACCGAAGCAUGUUGACGUUCUCGACGCAAAAGAAGGAUGCGGUUUAAUUUUGCAAUCUUAUCAGGGUAUCCCUGAUCUUGUUGUUGAUGAUGAUCCACCCAUCUCCAGCACCAUUCAUGGAUUUGACUUUCCUCUGAAGCAAAUCUCUGAAGGUCAAAUCCGAAAUCACGACACACUUGCUAAAGAUGCCCUUUAUACUUGUCCUAAUUCCUGUGAUUCAUUGCAAUACCAGGGCGCCCAUGAUCAGAGUUCACCUGAAAACCAAGGACAGAGUCCUCAAUUACUUCAGAAAGAUCGUCCUGACCACACCUAUUCUUCAAAUGAAGUGAACCCUGAAGACGAAAGCCAUCUCAACAUUGUGGGGCAGGUGGAAGAUACUGUAAACCAUGUUUCGGAGGGCCCACUGGAGUCGACUUCGGAUCAAAAUGAUCCCAUCAUCCAUGAUUUGCUGAAAUCUGAAGACACCAACGACACAACUCCUGAUCCGCUGACUGAACCCCAAGACGUGCACCUCGAGACUUCAUUUUCCGUUGGGGAAAACGAUGACAACCAUCUCCAAAACUCCGCGGAAUCGAUAUCAGAGCGCUGGAAGGAAAGAUGGGACUAUGAGGAUGAGGAGUUGGACGAACUCGAGGCGCUGCUGGAGCACCAGAAGAUGGUGGAGAAACUCAAGAUGGAGAUGAGGAGGGCGAGGGGGAGGGAGCUGCCCACCAUACUCGAGGAGUCUGAGUGGCCCAAGGUGAUGGAUGAUCUCAAACCGUGGAGCAUGGACAACAGCAAGCUGAUGGCAGCGGCCAAGGAGGACCCUUUGGGGGAGAUGCAGAGGUUCCAUAAGAGCUACACAGACAGAAUGCGCAAAUUUGAUAUCCUCAACCACCAAAAGACGUCCUCCAUUGGUUUCCUGAAGUUGACAGACCCUAUCCAGUCAGGCUCGGCCCUUAGAGCUGCAAUUCCGGCAUUGACUUCCGUCUUGUCACAGAAUUUCCGGCGAAGUCGAGCCAAGAAAUCCGAAAUCCAGCCCUCGCCCGAGUUCAUGAGGGAGCUGCGGGUCGACCUGGAGACGGUGUACGUGGGCCAGCUGUGCCUCUCGUGGGAGUACCUGCACUGGCAGUACACACGGUUCCGGGACAUGCUGGACGCCAACCCGGACUACCGGGGCAACUUCAGGCGGGCCGCCGACGAAUUCCAGACAUUCCAGGUCCUUCUCACAAGGUUCAUAGAGGACGAGAAGUUCAAGGGCCCGCGAGUGGACAACUACGUCAAGAACCGGUGCGUCCAGCGGAGCCUUCUCCUGGUGCCCUUGAUAAAAGAGGAGAAGUCUAGCAAGCUUGACGAAGGGGAGGAAGAUACGUCUGUGGACGAUCUGGUGGAGAUAAUGGAAGAAUGCUUGAGAACAUUUUGGGAUUUUGUGAGAAGGGACAGGGACGAAGCCGGCACCAUACUUAAGGGCCUCAUCGGCUCCCAGACAGAGCUGCAGGACCCGACCGACGCAGAGCUGUUUGCAAACAUUCAAGCUAGUUUUCACAAGAAAGAGAAGAGGCUAAAGGACUUGCAGAGGACAGGGAACUGUCUGGUGAAGAGAUUGCAGAAGCAACAGCAAGGGGGUUGGAUGGAUGAGUCUCUCUUCUUCUCCCUGGUGGAUAUGAAGCUGGUGGGCAGAGUGUUGAGAAUGUCGAGAGUGAGCAGCGACCAUCUAGAGUGGUGCCAGAGCAAGCUACUCAAGGUCACGUUCAGGGGAAGGAAAUUAGUGAGAGACCCUUCUUUCCUCCUCUUCCCCAGUUGAUCCCACUUGUUCACCACAUCCGUCAUGCAUAUAUGCAUGGUUUCUUUUUGUAGUAGAGGAUGUUUUUUUUAACAGCAGAAUGUAAAAUGUAUUUAGAUGUAGUUAAGUAGUAAAAUAAUUAUACGGAGAGUGAAAAAUAUGUGUUUUUUUUUUUAAUUAUAUGGCAAUUAUCUAUGGUA